AUUUCCAGUUGCCUAUUAAACGUUGAUCUUUUGGGGUUUUCUGGAGCUGAAGGAAAACACCAAGUCGCAGCUGAAGUAAUGAAUGAUGGUGCUUAUCAUCGAUACUGACCAGCAGUAGUGGACUCUCCACGUUUUACCACGUUGCGAGGCAUCGCCACACAUUAGACACAUGGAAAGAAUGUGUCUAGUUUUCUGUCUUUUUACCUUCGGAGGAUCAUUUCAGAGAGGUCUAGCAGUUUUGAUCCAAACCCAGCAGACGGUGUUGGCAGCAGUAGGAGAAGAUGCUCCUCUCAGCUGUCAGCUCCUGGAAACUAAAGACGUCCAGCAGGUCACCUGGCAGAAGGUGUUGGAGAAAACAGAGAGGAAUAUUGGUUCCUACAGCCAGUAUUUUGGUGAAACAGUGAAUCCUGGAUUUAAAGAUAAAGUUCGGUUCACAGAAGCUGGACUGCAGAAGAACUCUAUAGUUAUUAGGAACGUUACAGAGCAGGAUGCAGGAUGUUAUCUCUGUCUGUUCAACACAUACCCUGAUGGAGCUCUGACAGCUGGAACCUGCCUAAAGGUUUAUGAGCUGCAUGGACCCUUCAUUAACGUCAGCAGAUCAAACUCUCCUCCAGGGUUGGUGGUGACCUGUUCAGCCACAGGUCAAUCUGUUCCCAUGGUAACGCUGACUGUUCUCCAUCAGAACCUCAGCUUCUCCGACUACAACACCAGCAGAGAGACCAACACCAACGGUACCGUCACCUUCACCACUACAGCUCUGCUCUCAGCUCUCAGCAACACACAGGUUGGAUGUUCAGUGUCAGUGGACUCUGCUGCUCCCAGAGAGCUGCUGGUCAUCGUUCCUGGACUCACUGAGACGUCUGAUGAAGGUUUGAACAAACAAUCAGAGUCAGUUUUCAGAGGGUUCAGAUGGCCACUGAUUGUUGUAUUCCUGAUGGUCCUGAUCUGUAUUUGUGUUUUACAAUUCAGAAGAACAUUUCAGAAGAGGAAUAUGAAACCUUCAGAAAACGCCACAGACAAUCAGAAUUCAGACAACUCACCAGUGUGAAACAGAGACAUCAAACUACAAACAUCUGAGGCAGAGACUAAACAGCAACUCCCAUCCAUCACCAUGACAACAGAAUGACCUCGUUUGGAUGUAGGAUUAUACACUUUUAUCCAAAGAUGUAUGAAAAGCAUUACAUAUAUUUUAUGCACAUAAUGUGAUUUCAUAGCUUGAUGAAAUGACCCUUGGUUUUUACAGAUGUACUGUUCAGAUCAAAAAUGACGUCAAAGAACUGUAACUUAUUGGUUGCCACGGAGAUUCCAGAGUUUUUCAGACAUGAAUUUAUGUGUCAGUCCAUCACAGCAGGAAUGUUAUUGAUCAGGGAAUCACAUCAUAACAAGAUAUAGAGCUCAAAUGAGUAGAUUUUACAAAGACAACAAUUUCUGAUCAAACUGAAACAAAACACUUAAAUUUCAAACUUGAUAUUGAUGCUAAGAAAAUAAUCUGUUAUUUUUGAUACCCAAGUGACAGGGUUUUUACUAGCUAAGAAAGAAAAAUUAAACGUAUUCAGGAGCAAGUCUGCAAUUAGCAUGUGGCAUUAGCAUGUGGCAUUAGCAUGUGGCAUUAGCACAUUAGCGCAUUAGUAUUCAGCAUAAGUUUCUUCCCUUUCUCUUUUUAUCAAGCAGCUCUGUUUUUUACCUUCUAGAUAAAAAGACGUUUAUUUUUGUUCUGGUUGAACUUGUUUGCAGCAGCUCAUUGACAAGAUGCUGAGUUUCUGUUUGUUGUUGGAAGAAGUGCAACAAUGUGAACAAAUAGGUAUUGGUCUUUCAUUAUCAAUUUUAUUUUUCAAUCAUUUCUUUUUCUAGUACUGAUUGUGUUUAGAUAUUGAUUAUUUUGACGACCCUAGUCGGUUAGGCGGUCAGAAGGUUGUGGGUUUGAUUUCAGUUUCCUGCCAUUGAUGGAAGGAAACUUAAGUCCAAGUUGCCUCUUGAUCUACGUAUGUGAAUGUGUGCAUUAGUGAGUGCCAUUGGGCAAGUGGAGCUGAGGUGUUUACCCAUAUGAAUAAUGUAGAAAGUUAGUUUUAACAAGAAAACGUGUCUCUGUGAACAUUUUGUCUCAAGAUAUUUCAAAUAAAUAAUACAAAAACGGUCGCCAAGCAAUACCCUGAAUCUUUGAGAUGAAAUAUAUAGAUUCUUCUGGAUUUCAAACUAUGCACACAUUCAUCCAUAUGUGGAGGUAGAGGUUCAAGCACAAAUGUAGAAAAUGCACUUUGAUUUCAGAAAGUUAUGAAGGAACUCAGAUUUUACCUUUAUCAAAUCUGACUGAGAAACGUUUCCAGCAUUAUAAGCUGAGCUGAAGUUAAACACCAACUUACAGCGAAAGUAAUGAAGGAUAUUUACUGUUAUUAUUUAAACUCAGGGAAAGUAUAUGAGUGAGACAGAAGAAGGAAAUUUGAUGGAUGGGUUAAAAUAAUUAAUAUUGUAUCACAGAGUACUGUAUUAGUCAUGAUUCACCUGACUAAUACAGGUGAAUCAUGUAUUAAAUAAAGCUUUUAAUUUAUUUUUAUUAUCAUUAGACAUUUUUUUGCAUUUUGUUGCUACUUUUAUGGAGAAAAAUCUCAAUAAGUAUGGAUGUACAUUCCAUCUCUAAUUUACAUUUUUUAUCAAUUGCAACUACUGAACGCUGUCUGUAAGUUUUGAUGACCAUUUUACUCAUUAAGAUGCUGCAUUAAAAAAUAUUGUUAAAUAUUCA